AGUUCUACCGUUAGUCCGGGUGUCUUGACGUUGGACAGAGGUGCAUGGCGCAGCGAGAGUGACGAGGAAUAUUUGCUAAUCUUGGGAUAUUAAAACCGUGGAUAUUUUUGGAAAUCAUGCAGAAAUCCUGAAAUGAGAGUGUGAAAUGAUAUCACUUCCGAACGUGUGGAUAACUAUCACUGCCCCAUUGAUGAACACGAGCAGAACGGGUCUCAGGAAUAGCUGCUGCUGCAUUCAUAAACACUUCUUUAGGACUCACAACAACCCCUGAGCUUUGUUUGGGGGUCACCAAACACAGAUUACCGUUGUGCACCCGUGUUGACAAUGGCUGAAAAAGGUAAAAUAAAUAUAGAACAUCACGGCGGAGUUGCCAGGCUCCUGGAGGAACACAAGAAGGUGGUGAAAGACUGUGAGAGUCGGAUUCAGCACUGGAUGAAGGUGUCAGGUGAUUAUGAGGCCCUGACUGACCGUCUUAAAACUCUUCCAGAUCAACUGUCUUAUGACAUCAUGGUGCCAUUUGGCCCUCUGGCCUUCAUGCCUGGGAGACUGGUGCACACCAACGAGAUCACAGUGUUGCUCGGUGACAACUGGUUCGCCAAGUGCUCUACCAAGCAGGCUCAGAAAAUUGUUGAUCACAGGAUGAAGUAUGUAAAGUGCGAACUUGACGAUCUAUCCAAGACAAUGAAAAACUUUGAAGCCAGAGUUGGGUUUGCAAAGGAUUUGGAAACCAUCUCAGCCAGUAAAGGAGACUAUGUUGACAUCAAAGAAGAGGUCGGAAACAAUGACGCUGCUGUCACAAAAGGAAGGCAAAGAAUAGCUCACAAACCAAAUUCUAAGCCCAAACUGGAUGCCAUAUUGGAUCUAAAAGAGGAGGAUGAGGAGAAUGGCGGAGAGGGUGGAGAUGGAGGGAGCAGAAAAGGCAUCAUGACUGAGGAGGAGCUGUGGGCUAGAUUGGACGAACUUGAAAAACUGGAGGAGCUACAAGAUGAGCAGGACAGAUUAUCUGAUAACGCAGACAUGAAUGGUGAGGACACAUCGUCCUCUUCCUCAGAGGAGGAGAAGGAGGGAGAUACUGCCCCUCCUGUAAAUGGACUGAGCCUGAAACCGAGCUGGACCUCCAUGCCUCACAGUAAUGCCCCACAAAACAUAGACCGGAAAGAGGAGGAAUACGACGAGGAAGAGGAGAGCAACUGUUUACCUACCAUCUUUUUCUCUCACACAGUUGAACCCAAGAAGGUGAGGAUAAACACAGGAAAAAACACCACGCUCAAGUUCAGUGAAAGGAAAGAGCAGAAGGAACAUUCAAAGAGGAAAAAGAAAAAUGGGCACAGUAACGGACACUCCCACCACGAACUUCAUAAAAUCACAACACCAGCAGACAUUUACAGGCUGUUUGUGGACGUGAAGAACGGGGAACCCAUCCCCAGAAAGUCCAUCCUGAAGUCGCGGAGCCGAGAGAACAGCGUGUGCAGCGACACGAGCGAGAGCAGUGCAGCCGACUUUGAGGAGCGCCGGAUGAUCGGACGCAGCUUCAGCCACGACGAGGCGACGCACAGCGACACCAGUGACGGCAUCACAGAGGAAGACAGUCCCACGGCGGUGCCACUGCACCCCGCCAGCAGGUUUGAGGCCUUUUCAGGUACAGUGGUAGAAAAGGACCCGAUGCCUUCAGCCAUUCCUCACCUGACCAUCGCUCCGCCUGCUCUGCCAACUAUACUGGAGAGGAAGCAGGAGGAGGUGGCGCCCGACGUCGCCCCACCACAGCAGGCCCCGAAAAGGGUGUCGAAGUUUAAAGCUGCCAGGUUGCAGCAGAAGUGACUGCCUUUUGAUUGAUGAGCAAAUAUCCACAUUUCACAAUAACUUUUAUGUUUCUUUUCUACAGCUGAUCAACUAGACACACACACCAUCCUCUCCUCUCCUUUGUUUCACUCGUCUUUAAUCUAGCUUCACUUCUAACCAUGCAGGGUUUCUGUCUCUAAAUAUGACAGUUAGCAAAUCAGCCUCGUGUGUAACAGCUGCUUUUCAGCAAGCUCCAAACACUAGGAAAUGCAGUCUCCUUUACUUAUCUGCUACUACAGUAUAACAAUUGUCCAUGUUUCUGUUGGGCUUGUUUAAACCAGUUGCUGUCUGUCACACAUUUACCUGUUUACCGCUCUUCUGUUGGUCUGUGCUGUUGCCAGCUUAGGUAUGAAUCUAGGCUGCCGUAGGAUGAGCUGCCUUGUUUUGUUUCUUUCUAAAGUAUUGAUCAUUAAACAGUUGUAGCUCUCAUUUUACCUUCUCUUUGAUCUGCCUAAUGAAUGUAUGUAUUCCUUUGUGACAAGCUUUAUGUAAAGACAAAAAAAGAAUAUUGAUGGAAACUAAAAGCAAAAUAAACGAUUUUGGCUAGAA